GAGCAGCAGCAGGGCUGAUAAAGCGCGUCUGCCCGGAGGGGUGGAGAGGAGGGCAGAGACAGACAGAGGGCAGGACUGGCAGGGUGCGGCUGCUUCAGUAGCAUCUGAGCUCGGGUCACUUCCAUUUCCAUCUCAACUGAGAGCCGCGCGCCACAGCGCAGUAGUCAAACAGCCGAGCCAGGAGCCAGAAACCGCUGCGGGGACGCGCACUCUGACCGCGGCUCUGCGCAACCAGGACCCGCCUGCAGGCGACUCUCAACGCGCGUGCCAAGAUAAACGGAACUUCUCUAUUUAUUCCCCCUGUCUCCGCUUGGACUGAGAGAAAGCGAGUUUUACAGACCUGAGAGGAGGACUGACGAGCUGGCACCAACCUCUCCGUCAACCAACCGCCUGAGGAACCCAACGUCUGCCGGGGUGUCUUUCCGUGCGUAAAAGGAUGGUGAGCGCCAGGUGUCCUAAUAGACUGGUCCUCCUCCCCCUCCGGUGAUCUUGCGCGGGGACUGAAGCUGAGAUUGGGGGGAGGAGGGUCGCUUUACCAUCAUCUUCACCAUCUUUGACACUCCAUCUUUUGGAGUGCCCGCUUGCACCGGUUGGCAUGAGACUCUCCACAGCAGCGGCGCUCCUCACCGGCUUCAUCUUGGCUUUCUCGCCUGUGUACGACAGCUGUGGACCGGGCAGAGGUUACGGCAAGAGACGGACUACAAGGAAACUCACGCCGCUCGCCUAUAAGCAGUUCAGUCCAAACGUUGCAGAAAAAACGCUGGGAGCCAGUGGGAGAUAUGAGGGGAAGAUUACUCGCAGCUCCGAGCGCUUUAAGGAGCUGACGCCCAACUACAACCCUGACAUCAUCUUCAAGGAUGAGGAGAACACAGGUGCGGACCGCAUGAUGACACAGCGCUGUAAGGAUAAGCUGAACUCCCUGGCCAUCUCUGUGAUGAACCUGUGGCCAGGCGUGCGUCUGCGUGUGACGGAGGGCUGGGAUGAAGACGGCCAUCACUCUGAAGAGUCUCUGCAUUAUGAGGGCAGGGCGGUUGACAUCACUACCUCGGACCGCGACCGGAACAAGUACGCCAUGCUGGCCCGUCUGGCAGUGGAGGCCGGCUUCGACUGGGUCUACUACGAAUCCAAAGGCCACAUACACUGCAGUGUCAAAUCAGACCACUCAGCAGCAAUAAACACAGGAGGCUGUUUCCCUGGAGAGGCUCUGGUGACAAUGGAGGACGGCACACAUAGACCAAUCCAUGACCUGCGAGCAGGAGAUCUUGUUCUGGCCUCAAUGGGAAGUGAUGGGACUGGCGACCUCGUCUACAGCGAAGUCCUCACCUUCCUGGACCGUAGCCCCAUUACUCAAAAGCACUUUUAUGUGAUCAGCACUGAGGAUGGGGCCAAUGUCUCCUUAACAGCAGCUCAUUUACUGUUUGUUUGGGUUGGAAACUGCUCCGGAGGGGGCCGGCCAAUGCCGGGAGCCCUCCGGGCAAUAUUUGCCAGUGAUGCCCAGCCAGGGCAGUGUUUGCUGAUCGUCGAUGAAGGGGAACUCAGGAAGCGUGUUUCACGGAUCACUCGAGUGGAGGUGCGGGAAGACCAGGGGGUUUAUGCCCCACUCACUGCCCAUGGGACUUUGGUGGUGAAUGGCGUGGUCACCUCAUGCUACGCCGCGGUGAACAAACAACGGCUAGCUCACUGGGCAUUUGCGCCUCUACGCCUGUUGUACAGCUGGACUGGACCGGAUCGAAUCCUUAAGAACGGCUUACACUGGUACUCUCAGGUCCUACUCAGUGUGGGAACACUACUGCUAGACUCAGAACUUUUCCACCCUUGGGCCUUAGAAGAAAAUGAAAGAUGAUGGAUUGAAAAUGGGCAAAGAGAGUUGACUGAAUGCUCAGGGUUUGUGACUUAAGGGGAUGGUGCUAAGUUAGACGAAAUGCAUACCAAAAGCAGACUUUUUAGGGUUACUUCACCCAAAAAUUGAAAUUACCCCAUGAUUUACUCAACCUCAAGCCAUCCCAGGUAUAUACAGUAUGACUUUCUUCUUUCAGACGAAUACAAUCGGAGGUAUAUUAAAUAAUGUCCUGGCUCUCCUAAGCUUUUUAAUGGCAAUAAAUAGAGAAUGAGAUUUUGAAGCUCAAAAAGUGCAAUAAAAAAAUAACCACACGGCUCUGGGGGGUUAAUAAAGGCCUUCUGAAGCGAAGUGAUGCAUUUGUGUAAGAAAAAUAUCCAUAUUUAAAACAAAAAACCCUAAAAUAAUUAGCUUCCGACAGACGGCCGUAAGCAUUGAUUUUUUUUUUUUAAGAGUGAACUUUUUAAGAGCGCACUGAAAAACGUGGAAGCGCAGAGGAUAGAGCAAAAAAAAAAACACUGGUCACAAAUUAGUUUUAAUUUUUAAAGAGAAAUGUCAGAGGAUUUCGAUAUAAGAGAAGAGGAGCUUGAGUUUGUUGCACAGCCCUAUUUUUUGAACAGCAAGAGACGUCAAAGCUUCGCUUUAGAAGACCUUUAUUAACCCCCUGGAGCCGUGUGGUUAUCUUUUAUGAUGGAUGGUUGCACUUUUUUGGGCUUCAAAAUUUCAUUCUCUAUUUAUUGCCAUUAUGAAGCUUAGGAGAGCCAGGACAUUAUUUAAUAUAACUCAGAUCGUAUUUCUUCUGAAAGAAGAAAGUCAUAUACACCUAGGAUGGCUUGAGAGUGAGUAAAUCAUGGGGUAAUUUUCAUUUUUGGAUGAACUAUCCCUUUAAUAAAGGUGAAGUGUGUAAUUUCUGCGACUACAAGCAGAAUUGCAAAAAUAAUUGUAAUCUGCCAUUGAUGUAAAUAAUCCUGCCGCCCACCCCAAACUCACGCCAUGGACCCUUUUCACAUUUGCAGGGUUCUCAGAAGCGAAAGUUGUAGUUGGGUAAACUUCUAUUGUGGUGAACAGGAGUUGUCAGCAAAUAUAUUUUUUGCAUUCAAAUAGCAAAAGAAAAUCCCACUAUAGUGUUUCCACAACAUUCCAAAAAAGGAAAAAAAUUCAGAGUAAUUGAUUGCGGUGGUCAGAACAGAGAAAGAUGCUAAAUUUGCCAACAUUCCCUCUGCUGUUCUAUUAGAAAAACAGCAACGUUAACUAGGUUUUUGUCAUUUAAAGGGGUCCUAUUAUGCUUUUUUACAUUUUCAACUUUCUUUAGUGUGCAGUGUUGCUGUUUGAGCAUGAAAAAGUCUGCAAAGUUACAAAGCACAAAGUCACACCAAAAGGAGUUAUUCUCUAUAUCAGUUUCUGAACUCCCUGAAACACCUUGAUUGUAGUCUUGAGGUUUCGGGGAAUGUGCAUGUUAAAAUAUUCCUCAUUUAAAUAAUUCCUGCCCAAGGCAUAUGCUAAAAUAGAAGUCGAGGCCUGGUUGAGUUGUGUUAGUAGUGUUUUGAAACUCGCCGUUAUGGUAAGGGGUGGGAUAUUUCCGAAAUGGUUGACCAAUCACAACACACUGGUCCAGCCGACUAAUCAGAGCACAUUGCACAAGGAGGGGCUUCAUAAUGACCAGAACUAAAAAGGGGUGCAUUUCCCAAAAGCAUUAAGUCAACUAUGGUCGCAAGUUCCGUUGAAUUGUGUUGGUAACGACUGAACUUACGUCGAUAGUUGGCAUUGGGAAACGCACCCCAGAGCAUUACUGACAGACUGGGAAGAGAGGUGCUGCAACAGUGUAAAAUAUGUGAAAAAUAACGUGUUUUUUGAACAUUCAAACAUGAAAAUCUAUUCUAGUAGACCCCAAAAACAAAAUCAAGUCUUUGAAAAGGAGCAUAAUGGGUUCCCUUAAUCAAUGCAAAUGUAAUACAACACAAAGUAUAGUCUUAUAAAUGUAUAAUACACUUUAAUUUGUCAUCACAGUCUGUGAAAAGACUGUCUGUCCACUGGUUGAGUCAAUAUUGCUCAAAUGGAGCAAUCAUCCUUAGUAAUCUCUGCAUAAAAAUUCACAUAAAAAAAUUACACACAUCACCUUUAACUGUAAAAAGAACAGAUUACAAACUGACCUCUGGUCUUGCUUCUUACAGGAAUUGUGAGAGACCAAACAUUGUCUGUGCCUUAUGUAUGUUUGUUCGCUAUUUCCAUAUUCCAGUCUCUUUCCUCAUUAGAUUGUCAUUAAUUUUAAGACAAUCUGUUAAUUUAAAAAUGUGCUUUGUUAUAUCAUUAAGGUAAUAUAAGGUAUUCAAGCAAAGUAUUUAAAAUCUAUUUUUGAAAUUAAACUUCAUACAAAUUAUUUAUUUUGUCUCGUAUUUGGUUUUUGCUGACUAUUACAGUUUCUUUAAUUCAUUAAUUUGUCAUCAUAUGGAUGUUUUUUCUUCGUCAGUGGUUCUCAGCCUUUUUGAUUCCAAGGCCCUCCUAUCUAAGCUGAUUUUUACUUCUGGUAAUUCUGCUGUAAUAAAAACAAAUAAUGAUGAUAUAAUCGUGAUAUAAUAUGAUGUUAGUUUAAUGUUAUACAUCUUUAUUUUAGUGUUUGUAGCAUUUUAAUUAAGAUUGUUAAUUUAAAUAAUUUGUGGUGCCCCGGCCCCCUGGUUGAGAACCACUGGUCUAUGUACAGUAAUUGUUCCCUGCUGGUAGAAAAUGGUCAGUACAGUGUGCAAAGGAAGUCAGAUGGGUUCAAUGUAAUGGGAAUCCCAAACAACA